GCGAGACAAAGAGACGGAGUUAGAGAGGAGAGAGGUGUGGCAGGACCCCGUAGGGGCCGGAUCCGCCAGCCUGGCCCAGCCAGCCGUGCAAACGUCCUGCUGCGGGACGCCGGCCGCGUCCCCGACACCAGGGAAAAAGCUUCCCCAAAGCUGCACGGAAAGGCAGCUACUUCCAUGAAAAGGUCUAUUUCGUAUCGAUAUACAUUUAUAAAUAAACACGGAGCAGGAGUGCUCUCUCCGGACGCGCUGCCGGUUUACCGGCGUGUCGCAGCUUGCGCGGGCUGCACCGGGAUCAGCGGGGCGCAGGGACCGACCGUCUUCCCUGAGCCGCUCCAAGCCCUCGCGGAGCCGGGCUGCGGGCUCAGACUGCCCCGGCAGGAUGUGUUGUCUCGGGGCAAUUCCCGUAUUUUGUUUAUGUGUCCUGUCUCGCUAGUUAAAUACUUAAACUCAUGAAAGUACUGAAAUUGGCGGGGGUACACUGUUUGCGCCAAGGAGAAAGACUGCUUGUACUUUCUGAGAAAAAUCUCACGCGUGUCUCCCUUCCCGCAAUAAUUUAAAUUUCUUUUCUAAUAAACAUACAAGAUACAAUAAUGCCUUGUUGCAAAAUAAUUUUAAAAGCCCUCACCCAAACCAAACAGGUCUUGUUGGCCUGUUUUAUCUGUGGAAAGCUUCCCUCCGUCUAUAUUUUCUAUCAAAACAAUCUUUAAAUUAAAGUUAAAAAAAAUCAAUCAAUCAACCAACCAAUCAAACACCAAAACUUUCCCAAAGUAUGAAAAGCCUGAACUUUUCCUCUGAGAUUUUCUAUAAUUGCACGACGUGGAAAAAAUUGAAGGACCCUAACACAUAACACAACUCUUUAAAAAGGCAGAGCCGGAGAGCUUGAAUUUGUGCUUUCCGCUACGGCAUCUGAUUUAACAGGAGAGAGAAAGACGUCCUCAGUUUACUCGAACUACGGCUAAUAUGGCUAAGAAAAGGAGGUUUAAGCAAUGGUUAAAUAUUUAAAACUCAUUUCCGAUCCCCACAAAUUUCACGAACUUAUAAACGCACUUUUGAUUUAGAGGAUCACAUUAAUUAUUUGAGAUGGUAGAACGCGGCUGGGUUUCCCAUGUUGCAUUCUUGCAGUUAUUCAAAUUAAAUGACAAGAGGUGAAGAAAGAUUGAAGUAAAAAAAAUAGUAAAAACGAAGUUCCCUUAACUUUAUGUUUGUGGGCAAUGCGUAUAAGCGAGGAAAAAUGAGUCUGGAAACGGCACAUAAUUAGGAUGACCCUUGUUUGCCCUCAGCCGACUUUCCUUUAUUAAAGGAGAUGCCAGCCGGGUGACACGUAUCUGCCUCUGUCCGCGUGGCCCUAUGGGCGCGUGUGCCAGCUUCGGGUGCGGGACGAGGCGUGGGGACUGUGGAGCCGUGUGUCCGGGUGUGCUGAUGCAAUGCCCGGGUGCGCACACCCAGGUGCCUGCCUCGCUGCCGCACUUCCUCAAAACGGCUGCUGCCAGGGCGGGAAUCCGCGGCGCUGCUGGCCGUGCUGCCGGGCCGUGCUGCCGUUCUCCGGGAGCCCCGCUGCAGAGCCUCAGGGGCACAGCGCGGACCCCAGGCCCCACAGGGCCGAGGCGCGCCGGGGGUCGGCUCCGGGCUCUGUCGCGGCCCUCUCCUCCGCCGCAGCGGCGGGCGCUUGGGCCGGUUCUCCUGCACCUUACGGACGGCGCUGUCAGACGGCGCGGGGGGCGGGAGCGCCUGCCGCGGUCCGGGCCGGGCCCGGGCGGGGGGCGGCGGGUCCGGGUGCGGGCCCCUCCCGGCCCGGCUCUCGGCAGCGCCGCCAGCCGGCAGCAGCGUACGCCGCGGGCAGCCCGUCUGCAAAGUGCGGGCGAACGGCUCGUCUUCCCCCUCCUUUUCUUUCCCCCGGCCUUAACAGAAACCAUGUGAGUCACGGUGCUGAGACAUAAUACUACAGGUUCCAAAUAAAUACGGACAGAGGCCUGAAUGCGGAUCCACUGAUAUUAACCUCCACUUGGCAAACAUCAGAAUUAAGUCAAAUCCUCGAAACAAACAAAACUCUGGAAUCAGCAGAAGAGAAUAACAUAUGAAAACAUGUCUUGAAGGAAAUAAAAUAUAUAAAAGCACUGGAUUAAACUCCUGCUUUUUC